AUGAAUGGAACAGACGAAAUUAUUCUAGGUGGCAGAGGGAAAGAGCUUUACGACAAAGUGCGCGUGUUGUGCUGGGUUAUGACGUCACCAGAGAAUCACAAAACAAAAGCGUUGGCAGUCAAAGAAACGUGGGGGAAACGGUGUAACAUUCUCUUAUUCAUGAGCUCCGGAAAUGAUUCCAAAUUGCCGUCAGUUCAGUUGGCAGUGAACGAAGGUCGCAACGGACUCUGGGGAAAGACGCGGGAGUCAUUCCGCUACGCCUGGGAUCGAUAUCAAGACAAAGUCGACUGGUUCCUCAAAGCGGAUGACGACACGUACGUGAUUGUUGAGAACUUGCGCUACUUUCUGUCGGCGUUCAACACAUCAGAACCUUUGUGGUUCGGUCACAAGUACAAAGCGAUUGUUAAAAAAGGAUAUUUCAGCGGAGGGGCUGGCUAUGUUCUGAGUAAAGAAGCGACUAGGAGAUUUGUCAAAGAAGGAUAUUUCAACGCAUUAAUUUGCCGGCAUGACCACCAAGGAGCAGAAGAUGCUGAAAUGGGGAAAUGUAUGGAAAACCUGAACGUCUCGACCAUGGACACUCGGGAUUCCAAAGGAAGAGGAAGGUUCUUCCCUUUUGUCCCGGACAGCGUCUACUUUCCCGGUCAAAUCACGACGAAUUAUUGGUAUUGGAAAAAUAUUUAUUACCCUCCAACAAAGGGCCGUGAUUGUUGCUCGGACAGUACCAUAUCUUUUCACUAUGUCAACGUCAAGAUGAUGCGAAUGCUCGACUUCUUCUUUUAUCACAUUCGUCCUUUUGGAAUCGACGAUCAACGACCAGCUACUCCCGGACCUCCGCCAGAUUUGAAUUUGACUGCAACUCCUUGGUUCGCUCCUAAAGAAACCACAGCUGCUGGAAAAACAACGAAUCAAACACUUUUAAACACCAGCACCGCUGUAAUAGCGAGCGCAAAUGUUAACAACAUUACAACCACAACGAGUGCAUUGCUGCCAAAUGCAACAGCCAAUUCAAUGCUUCCUGCUGUUACCCAAUUAUGAGGACAAAAGCUGUGACUGCAAUAGUUGGCGAUGUUUUCGUCGUCAACACUAAAACCAGAAAAUGGUUGGUAAGAAAUUGUUGUGCGACGUUUAAUAACAUCACGACAUGCAAUUUUUUGGGAAAUCUUCAAUUAAUAUAAUUUUUGAUCUCCUCGUAAACACGUAAUUGUUUAUUUCCACUUUGACU